AUGGAUCUUCACCACAUUCAGAAGUAUUGUUGGUUGAACUGUUUGGAACUGGAGACGCGCAAGAAGGUCUUCUGGUGCCAAUACACGCUGGAAAAGUGUAUUUCAGCCUCAUCGGGUGCUCCUACAUUGAUCCGCGAGUUGGAAGUGAGUACCGAGUACCCGUCAGACGUUGAUGAUGGGAACCUGAUAGAACAAGGAUUCCUGCCAGGUCUGUCCGGAGAGCUCACCAAGAUAACGAGCGCUUUGGCGUUUUUCAAGAUCUGCAGAAUCCUUUCACGCGCACUCGACCAGCUUGUCCCUGCAUCAGUUGCGUACUGGUUAUCUAUAAGCGAUAUGAAGUCGAUAUCGGAUGAAUUAGAUCAAUGGUUAAAAUGCAUUCCAACACAUUUGAGGAUGAAGUUUCUGAAUGACGAACCCUCUACUGGGGUAAUCACUGACAGGAGUCCCCUUCUGCCAAAAUUACGUCGCCGACCGCUUCUUACCCUUUCCGAAGGAAGUGAUGGCAAGUUCCAACAGCGAGUGGGCCCGGAACUUCGAGGGUAUGGACAGCUCGAAGUUGCAUGUGUACGAUGGAUUGUUGAACGGCGUCUUGCAAGAUCAGAUCUCCCAAUCCCGUCUGGAGUUGUCGUGAGUACUCUCACAAACCCGCACGACUGGCUUGAUCAAGAGUGGCCCGUGGGUGCAAUCGAUCUGCCUACCAAGGGACUGGCUUCUCAAAGUGUUUUGAGCACGUCGCAAGAGAGCAUGACGAGUGGUGGAGAGGAUUUCAGUGGCUGUGGUAGUAACGAUGGCUCUAGUUCUCCUGAGCAGACAGACGUUCUGGACGUCGGCAGAAGGAGCUUGAAGGGCAUUCCAAUGCUGAAACAUGACAAAUUCCCCAAUUAA